CUGGCGGGCUGGAGAAUGUCCUGGCAAAUCCGGGGCUCCUCCUUGGGGUCAACCGAAUGCAGGAUUUCAUGUCAGACGACCCCAUGUCCAUGCACGCUCAUGGCACACGAUUUCUGAAUUUUGUUUUUUUUUUUUUCUGGGGAAUGCGGGAAAUAAUUGAUUUAUUUUAUUUUCUUCUUCCAAUUCAUUUCCCGUGUUUGGGUAGAAUAUUUUGUAUCGUGUACAUCACACGUACCUUUUUUUAAAUUGUAUUUUAUUCCUAACAUUUUAUUUUAGCUUUAUUUUUAUUUUUAAAAUGCCUGCUUGGGUACCUAGGUUGUGUUUGUUGGAGAAGUAAUUGGAGAAACAUGGGGGGUUCAUGGAGGUUAUGGAGGCUAUGGAGGAGAAGGAUGAGGAGUACCAAACUUAACUUUACUAGAGCACAGAUUAGGUACUUAGGUACUUACCUAACCUUAUACGCUAUAACAUACACAUUUCGAAAACAU